AUGCAGAUCGGAAACAUUCUGUUUGCUGCCUCCGUUGCAGCGACCGCUUCUGCUCUUCCCAGCACCCAAUCCGAGACUUUCAACGUCGUAUCUAUCCACUCAGGCUCUGAUGUGCAAUAUGACGGCUUCAAUGCCGCCAAGAGCAGCAUUCUAGCUGGCCUCAAGUCUCAAGGUGCCAGCUGCGCACGCCCCAAGGAUCAGGAUGCCACCUUCUACAUCAAAGAUGGAGCUCUUUAUCUUUAUGCUGCAUCCGCCACACCUCAAGAGAUCUACGUCGAUCGCUCUGGCAUGGGCCAGGGUAAGAUUGGAUACACCACCGGUGCUCAACCUGCGCCCAAGAACUCCGAGCGUAAAGGCUGGGCGAUCAAGAAUGAUCAUUUGCAAUUCGCCGGCAAUGACCUGAUUGCCUGCCCCAAUAGCAUUGAUGGUGCUUGGUCUAUUUGGGCAUCAGCUGGAGUCGCGAACCCUGGUGGCAACAAGGACUGUGUUGGCAUUGCCGCUCGCAUCGAGAAAACUUCCAAGCCUAACAGCUGCCUCUACACUGAGUAG